CGCAGAUCGGUGACCCACGUGUCAGCCUCAAGUCCAACUUCCUAACUACAACAUCCCUUUCAAGUGUUUUUUGUACGAGCAUAGGAAACAAUGUGCUGGCGAUUACAACAAGCCACUUGCUCCAUUUCGAAGUGUAACCUUAUAAUUAAUACUUAUAGUAUAUAUCCAUCCUCAUCGAUACAGUCUUUGGAUACUAGCCCAUUGAGGCUAUCCGCUCCCGAUACACUUGACUCGCCUGGAUGAUCGAAUCACAGGAAUACUAUUUUGGAUUCAAUAGUGAUAAUAACUCUUACAAUAAAAACCCCCAUAGUUCCUCGAAUAAGAAAUCGCUAGACGAACCCUACCCCCCGCGCGCCCCGUCCCGUCGGAAGAGUCUUCAAUAGGUUGGAAGUAAAAUCAGUCGGCCAAUCUUGUCACUGCGACCUCGACAUUUUUCGAAGCUUAAAAAAACUCAAACAAGUUUAUGAAGCGAACGAACCAGUGUGAUUGCCGUCUCUGUUGACAUCGAGUUUCUCUUCCAACAAUUUUCGCACGGUGCUUCCUCCAUCGAACAUCCUACUUUAUCCUACAACAACACAACAGUCGAGCAACAAGAUAAUCAUUUAUUCCAUUGUUAAAUAGGAGGAUAUCGCCUGAAGAACCAGAACAACACUCAAAACUCAAAGACUCCAAGGACAUUGAAAACCUAUAGCAAUAUCAUAUUUCUCAGUCCUCCGUCAACGACGAAGCCAAAAUGGUUAAAACUCUCGUGGAGCUAUGCACCGAGGUGUGCGUUAAGAACAUCUCAUAUAUUGACGAUGUUGGCGAUGCGCCAUACAAAAUUCUGCGACCAAUUCUACUAAAAAUUGACGACUAUCAGAAGCUCCUUGAGUUAGAAGAAAAGUCGCCUCACCUUCGAGGAGAUACUGAUGAAUGCUGGAAACGAAUUAUAAUGAAGAUUGACGAUUACCGAAAGCUCCUUGAAUUGGAGAAGCAAGCACCUCAUCACCGAGCGAUUACUGCUGAGGCCUGGAAACGUCUCGUCAACCAUGACUUCCUUCGUUUAUGCAAAACGCAUCCCUUCGAACCUAGCAAUAGCGAGCCGUGGUCUUCUAAGGUAUACAUGAAGUAUAAAGCUGUUAAUGACAAACAGAAGGCGGCUGCUUUGGCGAAGCUAGAAGCUGGCUUCAACAACAUUGAGAAAGAGAAGCAAGCAAAGGCGGCCAGUACAAUUAACUAUGACCCGAAGCUCUUGGGUCCUGCCCCGGGCCGUCGCAAGGUCCCGGGCUGGGGCGGCCGUACUGGUACAGGCGAACUUAGAUUCGGCGGCGGAUCGCGAACUAAGACGACCUCGGCUCGAAGCAUCAUGUUGAAGGCUCGCCGAGAGGCUGCGGAGAUGCAUCGCCGUAACAAACUUACCACUCCAACUGGCCAACUCUCGGUUCCGCAAGGUCAAAUCGCCCAAGCCCCUCUAAGCAUGCGAGAGGCGUACAGGAUCAAGUCACUUCCUACUACGAAAAUCCACCCACCGCUGUUACAAAAAAACAGUGCUCGCAGUGCGCGUUUAGCGCGUGAAGAUAAGGAACGUGACGCUGCAUUGUUGCGAGCAAAGAACGAAGCUCAUACAACCGCCGUUUCGGAUGAGGAUCUCUUUAGUGAAGGGGAUGACUUUGAUUACCCUGAUGAAGGUGAAGGCUCAGGUCAAGGAGGAUUAACUAUCGAAGACCUAGAGGGCUCCUGGGAGGAAGCGAACCCUCUUACGCCAACUGCCAGCACUGACACCAAGAGCAUCAAGACAGUGCCGACGUCCCAACGCAAAAACUCAUCUUCGCUACCUUCAGCCUCUAGCCCUACGUCGAAGGGUAAUUCGUCCAGUAUGUCAGGCCUUGCUAAGAUGAAGCUUGGCCGCUCUUGGAGGGACAAGCCUAUAAGGAUUGAGCCCGUCGAGAAGUCCACAUCUAAAGCGACUACAUCCAAGCCUACUGCAUCUUCGCCAACUGAAUCAAAGCCCACUUCAUCGUAUUCUCUACCAUCGCAAUCCUCAACUCGACGACCUUCAUCAUCCACUAAUAGCCGCGGCGGUUCUCCCACUGCGGGACCAAGUGGCUCGAACGUCCCCAAAGCUCCGGCCCCACUGCUGCGAAAGCGAAAAGAAGCCCCUUGCGUCUUUAUGAGGCCCAUGUCUAAGCCUCGAAAAACCACAUAGGAGGCAAAUUCAGAAAUGGUGUUGAUGUACGAUACGAAGGUGCAUCUAAAAAUGGAUUUGGGCGUAACUUUUUUAUGACGCUUCGCACCUUUUUUAGCGAUAAUUUUCGGGGCUGUCCUGAUCUCGAAGGAAAUAUGAUCAACAGACUACACCUUUUCACGCGGAUUUCCUUCACGACAUCUACGGCAAAUUUGAGGACUCGAGGGAAGCCAGACUAUCGGGUGCAUAUACUUGGCAUUGGCGCGGUCUAUUUUCUUUAUCAUCCCGAUUUGUACAUUUUCUACCGGGAAGCGAGGAUUCGCAUAUCGACUUCUAUGCAUAAGGACACGGCACGGCGAGAUAGUGUAUAUUACACAUAGCGAGGCGUUAAGUGCAAAGGGGUUUUAUUAGGUUAUGAUUUUCGGAGGGAGAUACCAGAACAAAUACAAAACUACAAAAAAUUGGGAAGUGGAUUUAUAGCAGGAGUGGUUUUGCCUGGGUGGUAGGCAUACUGUCAAAAUUAAGGAAUAGCGAGGUCUAGCAUAUCGGUUGCAUUUGCCGUCGCAUUUUCACUUGCAUCUGCAUUUUGCCCUUAGGGCUACGGAGCACUAUUACUUUACACAUACAUAAUGUGUUAUUGAAUUCGAGAUUUGCCAAAUACUUAAUGAUG